AUGGAUCCUCCAGCCUCCGACAAGCCAUCUGAAUUGGUCGAGAUAGGUCCUUCAAUACCGCCACAACCUGAUGAGGCCUCUAUACCAGACUCUCUGCCGCAAUUACGAGAUCGCCGUCGAGAGAAGCCGCUGCUAUCAUGCACCUUCUGCCGGAGUCGCAAGGCGCCUCGCAAUAAAAGCAAAGUAAGCGUCGGCAACCGCAUUCAGCAACUCGAGUCUUUGGUGCGCUCUCUAGCCCAGCAGCAACAGCAGAGCCUACAACAGCAGCACAGUCCGCAAGCACACACUGCCUAUUCAGAUGGUCCAGCAAUUGACCUCGCGUAUUCCUUUCAGGGUACGCCAGGGACAUCGCCACAGGGUGUAUCCACGACAACACCAUUGGUCUCGGUCGAUGAAGAUAAUAUCGUGCCAGCUAUGCAGCAUGCUUCCUUGUCGCGUAACAGAGACUAUGUUACGUCCCCUGCACCCUCGGAGCAUGGUAGCAUGCGCCUCCAUUCACAUGGUGCAAACUAUGUUGGAAGCUUUCACUGGGCUGCCGUUCUUGACAGCAUCUCAGAGCUGAGGGAUCAUUACGAAGAGGAGGAGGAGGCCAGAUUGUUGGCAGCGAAUGAUCAUGUACUCCAUGAGAGCCCUGGCCCCCGGCUUCUUUAUGAGCCUGUUCAGACAACGAAGGCCGAUCUACUGGCUGCUAUUCCCGCUCGGCCUGCGGUGGAUCGUAUGGUUGCUCGAUACUUUAACGCCCAGGGUGUUGUUCCGGAAAUUCUUCAUAGCGGGCAUUUUCUCAAAGAGUAUGAAAAGUUCUGGCAGGAACCAAAUGCAGUCUCAAUAGCUUGGAUUGGACUUUUGUUCAGUGUCAUGUCCCUCUCAACACGGUAUCAACAAUCAAUCGAGGGCUCUGAGGAUCCGGAGACGCCGGUGCGCGUGCAUAUGUUUCGAGAGAAUGUCAUUCAUUGCCUUGUGCUCUGUCAGUGGACUAAGGGUGGAGACUACGUGCUAGAAACAUUGAUCAACUAUCUAACCAGUGAGCUGUUCCUUUCCAGGGACUCAGAGAUUGGUCUGUGGUUGGUACAAGGGAUGCUUGUACAGCUUGCUCUGAGUCUAGGGUAUCAUCGAGACCCACAAAACUUCUCCAGUAUCUCUCCAUUCGCUGGAGAGAUGCGACGGAGGGUAUGGGCUGUGAUAGUGCAGAUGGACUUGCGAUUAUCUAGCCAGAUGGCACUACCCCGUCUCCUUAAGCUGCAGCAAUAUGAUACCGCCGAGCCUCGAAAUAUAUUCGAUACUGAUUUUGACGAGAAUACCACUGAGCUGCCUGAAUCGCGCCCCGAAACAGAGGUCACACCUGUCUUGUACAGUCUAGCAAGAACCAGGAUAGACCAGAUGAACGGGCUUGUCAGUGAUCUUGUCAACGACACACGAGAGCACCCAUAUGUGGAGAUCAUAGACCUCGACCAGAAAUUGCAGGAGGCCGAAGCUUCGCUAUCGCCCAUUUUCCGUUGGCAGCCUCUUAGUCAAUCAUUUAUGGUUUUACCACAGAUCGUCAUGCACCGAGUGCUACUUCAGCUUGCAAUCCAGCGUGUGACCAUUUGGCUUCAUCGGAAGUAUCUUACACCCUCCUACAACCCAGCACAAUUCGAAUAUUCACGGAAGGCCUGCAUAAAAUCCGCAAUGAGAAUUCUCGAAUUCCAGCAGAUAGUUGAGGAGGAAACUCAGAGAGACGGACUUUUAUAUCCAGUGCGAUGGAUGUUCACGUCAUCACGCCUAAAGGCUGUCUUUUUAUUGGGCAUUAGUAUUCUCUGCUACUAUGUUCAGUUGACAAGGACACAUUCCGACGUGUCCUUGGGUGAGAAGACUGAUAACAGCAUACAUGAUCUGCUGCAGAACGUUUAUCCUCUCUGGCUACGAUUGAGUGCUCUGUCCCCGGAGGCACGACGAGUGGUUCAGCUCUUGCAUCCGCUUCUGGGGAUGGACGGACAAGAAAACGAUCAGACCCCAGUCGCUACUCCUAACUCGGUCUCUCCAUUUAUUCCUGUAUCUGGGGAUCAGCCAUCGUCGGAACCGUACGAAGAUUCCAUUGCAAACUUCUCAUCUAUGCCCACAUUUCCGAAUAACUCGGAUUUUCGGUACUCGGACGGUCUCAUGUCGUCUUUAACUACGGCGGUUGUCUCUAUGGAAGAUUUGUUGCUCACAAACACGACGGAGUUUGAUCAGUGGAUGAAUGUUAGUUUCCAUUAA